AAUAAAUGCAAGAUGGCUCCUCAUAUAAAACCAGCCGCCUGGCUUCUCUUUUGUGAUCAACAAAAUUAUUUUCCCCCGUUUAUUCGAUUAAAAUACCGUUUUCGGGGAAGUGCUGAGGGCUAAAUCAAUCUGUACGCGGGCGUAGGUGUUACUCGGCGUCUUCGGGCGCUGUGGGAAAUAUUUAAUAAGCGAGCAGUCCGAUUUUGAGGCAGUGCGUGAGAGAUCGGGCCUGUCCGCGCACGCCACGGUCAGGAACCUGAACCCGAACCCCGCGCCCGGAUCCAAACCCGGACACCCGAGCAGCUCAUAUGGCUGUUUCAAGGUUGGAACGUCUGUUUAUCUUACUGGAUACAGGUACAACUCCUGUUACCCGUAAAGCAGCUGCUCAGCAGUUGGGAGAUGUUGUUAAGCUUCACCCACACGAGCUUAAUAACCUGCUAUCAAAAGUUUUAACAUACUUAAGAAGUCCAAAUUGGGAUACACGAAUCGCAGCGGGACAAGCUGUCGAAGCCAUAGUGAAGAAUAUUCCAGAAUGGAACCCAGCUCCAAAGCCAAAAGACGAGGUGUGUGCAGAAGAUAUGUCUCCAGAGGACAACUCCUCAGACAGACUGAGUUUCUACAGGUUCGAUAUCUCCCGUCUGCUCAAGCACGGAGCAUCGCUGCUCGGCUCUGCAGGUGCUGAAUUUGAGCUGCAAGAUGACAAGUCAGGUGAGACAGAUCCCAAAGAGCGUUUGGCCCGGCAGAGGAAGCAGUUACAAAAGAAGUUGGGAUUGGAUAUGGGUGCUGCGAUCGGCAUGGACACCGAGGAGCUUUUUAAUGACGAGGACCUGGAAGACGCUUGUGCCUCCAGUACCAACAGAUCACAGCCUGGUAAAAGCCUGGGCUGUCAUUUCUCACGCAACCAUUUGCCGGCUGCGGAGCUCAUAGAUUCAGAGUUUCGUCCAGGCAUGAGUAAUCGACAGAAGAACAAGGCAAAGAGGAUGGCAAAACUUGUGGCAAAGCAGAGAUCCAGAGACGUGGAUACUAAUGAGAAGAGCAAUGACAGUUUUGAGGGAGAGCCAGAGGAGAAGCGCCGGAAAACCACAAAUGUAGUCAUUGAGCAGCCAGCGACCGAUAACAAAGUCUUAAUUGAUAAUGUUCCGGAUAACACCAGUUUAUUUGAGGAGACUCAGGAAUGGCCCCUGGAAAGCUUCUGUGAUGAACUGUGCAAUGAUCUCUUCAACCCAUCGUGGGAGAUUCGCCACGGUGCCGGCACAGGAUUGAGGGAAGUGCUGAAGUGUCACGGUACUGGUGGAGGAAAGACUGUUGGGAGUACAGCAGAACAGAUGGAGCGACAACACCAGGAGUGGCUGGAGGAUUUGGUCAUCCGGCUUUUGUGCGUCUUUGCUCUGGACAGAUUUGGAGACUUUGUGUCAGAUGAGGUGGUUGCACCUGUCAGAGAGACUUGUGCCCAGACUCUGGGUGUGGCCUUGAGGCACAUGGCGAACAGUGGCGUUGCAAUGACUGUGGACAUUCUGCUCAAGCUGCUAACUGAAGACCAGUGGGAGGUUCGACAUGGAGGCCUGCUGGGCAUCAAAUACGCUCUUGCAGUCAGACAGGAUUUGAUCGCAGAGCUGUUGCCCCGGGUUCUUCCUGCCAUUACAGAAGGUCUGCGGGAUCUGGAUGAUGAUGUUCGUGCAGUGGCAGCAGCAGCUUUGAUCCCAGUGGUGGAUGGAUUGGUUCAGUUACAGCCUGCUAAGGUUCCCUUCAUUGUGGACACACUGUGGAAUGCCCUGCUGGAGCUGGAUGAUCUCACAGCUUCAACAAACAGCAUCAUGACCCUUUUGUCCUCCUUGCUCACUUACCCACAGGUCCGCCAGUGCAGUGCGCAACAGUCUCUCACAGUGUUGGUUCCUCGAGUAUGGCCGUUCCUGAGACACACAAUCGCUUCUGUUCGUCGGGCUGCACUAGAGACCCUCUUUACAUUGCUUUCCAAAGCUGACCAGAGUUGUGCAGUGUGGCUGAAUCCCAUCAUGCAGGACAUGUUAAGGCACAUCUUUCAGUCCUGCAUCCUGGAGAGCAAUCAGGAGAUCCUAGAGCUCAUACAGAAGGCAUGGGGGGAGUUGUUGCGACAGGCUCCACAGCAGUAUGUGGUGGCGGCCAGCUGUCCUUGGAUGGGUGCCUGGCUCUGUUUGAUGAUGCAAGCGUCACACAUCCCAAUCGACCCCAACAUGCUGCUGGAAGUAAAAGCCCGCUUAAAGGAGAAGGCUACUGGAAAGACACGACAGGGAUCUGUUCCAGUUAAGGAAACGGUCCAGGAGUACAUCGGUGGAGCGGAGACGAUUACCGAAGAUCCUGCCACACGAGACUAUGUGGUGACACGUGCACGUCUAAUGGCUGCAAAGCUGUUGGGGGCGCUGUGCAGUUGUAUAUGUGACCCACGGUUGAAUAGCUCUUCUCAGGAACUCCGGCCUGCAGAGUCUUUAGCACAACUUUUACUCUUCCAUCUCAAUUCCAAAUCGGCCCUGCAGCGGAUUGCGGUUUCCAUGGUGAUCUGUGAGUGGGCAGGCCUUCAGAAGGAGUGUGAGCUGCUGUCCAGCGUGGUUCAGCCCCGAUUACUGGUCAUUCUCACAGAGCAACUCUACUAUGACGAGAUCGCCAUUCCUUUUACUCGCAUGCAGAAUGAAUGUAAACAGCUCAUAGCGUUGAUGGCUGAUGCCCACAUUGAUGUGAGAGAACGAAUCAACUCCACUGUAUUCACCAUCGAUCAGGCUAAUGAGCUGGUGACCACCAUCUUCUCAGAAUGCACCUCCUCUCUGAACCUCAAGUCACGUCAGUUCCAGCCGCUGGACAGCAAGAGGCUGCAGGCUCGUUCCACUGUGUGCGAGACCAGUGCUGAGUGGCAACAGCUGCAGAUAAGAGUUCACACCUUCACUGCCUGCGCUGUGGUGGGACUGGCCAUGCUGCCGGAUAAACUCAAUCCUGUUGUCAGGCCCUUAAUGGAGGCGGCUCGCCGUGAAGAGAAUACACUCGUCCAGGGUUAUGCAGCCUCCAACAUUGCCCGCCUGCUGCAGUUGUGUGCUGCCAGAUCUCCCUGUCCGAAUGCCAAGAUCGUGAAGAAUCUCUGCAGCUCUGUUUGUGUAGAUCCAUUGCUAACCCCUAGUGCUGCAUGUCCGGUCCCGCCAGCCAGCACUCCAGCAAUACAAGAAAGCAGUAAAGCAUCUGUGGCAGAGAAGGAUGCUAUGCAUCACAUGGUGAACAAGACAAAGGGCAUCAUCACCCUUUACCGGCAUCAGAAAGCAGCUUUUGCAAUUACCAGUAAGAGAGGACCCACACCCAAAGCCCCCAAAACUACCAACAAUGACGUGCCCCUCGGUGGCAGCAUUACCACAGAAACAGAUGAGAGCAAGAAGCCAUGUCUUAUCCAGAGGAGAGGGGCAGAGUUCUGCUUAAUGACAGUUGCCAGGCAUUUCAGUAAGGAAUUGACACAAACUUUGCCAUAUCUGUGGGAGUCCAUGACUGGUCCGCUGAGGAAUGCACUGGAUGCUCGGGGAUUUGAUUCCAGCCAGUUGUUAAAGCAGGGAGACUCUGUUGCUCAGGAGCUUGUGAACUCUCUGCAGGUGCUGGAGGUCACAGCGGGAGCCAUGUCCCAAGAGCUCAUCCCUUUACUGAUGGAGCAGUUGCCUCUCCUGUGCGCAUGUCUGCAGCAUCCUUACACAGCCGUACGUCACAUGGCCGCACGCUGUGUGGGUGUGCUCAGCAAGAUCGCUACUAUGGAGACCAUGAAUGUGUUCCUGGAACAUGUGCUUCCCUGGUUGGGUGCCAUUGAUGACAACACCAAGCAGGAGGGAGCCAUUGAAGCCCUGGCCUGUGUGAUGGAGCAGUUAGAUGUGGAUAUUGUGCCCUACAUCGUGCUGUUGGUGGUCCCUGUGUUGGGCCGUAUGAGUGACCCCUGCGACAGCGUGAGAUUCAUGGCCACGCAGUGCUUUGCAACCCUGAUCCGACUGCUUCCUCUUGAGGCUGGAAUCCCAGACCCGCCGUCUAUGUCUGAAGAUCUCAUUCGACAGAAGGCCAGAGAAAGGCACUUCCUUGAGCAGCUGCUUGAUGGAAGGAAACUGGAAAAUUAUAAGAUUCCUGUGCCCAUCAAAGCAGAGCUCAGGAAAUACCAACAGGAUGGAGUGAACUGGCUGGCAUUUUUGAACAAGUACAAGCUUCAUGGGAUCUUGUGUGAUGAUAUGGGUCUGGGUAAGACCUUGCAAUCCAUCUGUAUUCUGGCAGGUGAUCAUUUCCUCAGGGCUCAGGAAUACGCCAGGACAAAGGCUCCCGACUGUUGCCCUUUGCCCUCCAUAGUAGUGUGUCCGCCUACCCUGACGGGACACUGGGUGGAUGAGGUUGGGAAGUUCUGCUCUAAAGAGUAUCUCAAUCCUCUGCACUAUACUGGCCCCCCUACGGAAAGAGCAUGGUUGCAGCACCAGGUGAAGAAACACAAUCUCGUUGUUGCCUCAUAUGAUGUUGUUAGGAAUGACAUUGACUUUUUCAGGGAUAUUAAAUUUAAUUACUGUAUCCUUGACGAGGGUCACGUCAUUAAGAAUGGAAAGACCAAACUGUCUAAAGCAAUCAAACAGUUAACUGCCAACUACAGAAUAAUCCUCUCAGGAACACCCAUUCAGAACAAUGUUCUGGAGUUGUGGUCUCUAUUUGACUUCCUGAUGCCAGGUUUUCUUGGUACUGAGCGUCAGUUUGCUGCCCGCUACGGGAAGCCCAUUCUCGCUAGUCGAGAUGCUAAAAGUUCGUCACGUGAGCAGGAAGCAGGUGUGCUGGCAAUGGAAGCACUGCAUAGACAGGUUCUGCCCUUCUUACUGAGGAGAAUGAAGGAUGAUGUGCUUCAAGAUCUGCCACCCAAGAUCAUACAAGAUUACUAUUGCAACCUUAGUCCUCUACAGGUUCAACUGUACGAGGACUUCGCAAAGUCUCGCGCGAAGGUGAACGUGGAUGAUGUUAUUUCCACAGCGUCUAUGCAAGAAGAGGAAGAGAAGCCCAAAUUAAAGGCCACAGGACACGUCUUCCAGGCUCUGCAGUAUCUGAGGAAGCUGUGUAAUCACCCAGCGCUGGUGCUGACCCCUCAACAUCCAGAGUACAAACACAUCACAGAACAACUGAACAACCAGCACACCAGCCUCAGAGACAUUCAGCACGCCCCAAAACUGUCAGCCCUCAAACAGCUGCUGUUGGACUGUGGACUGGGUUCUGCCGGAGCAUCUGAUGGUGGCACAGAGGCUGUGGUGGCCCAGCACCGCAUUCUGAUCUUCUGCCAGCUGAAGAGCAUGCUGGAUAUCGUGGAGCAGGAUCUGCUCAAAGCACAGCUGCCCACAGUCACCUACCUCAGGCUGGAUGGAAGCGUUCAGGCCGGCCUUAGACACUCCAUAGUCUCUAGGUUCAAUAAUGACCCGUCCAUAGAUGUUCUGCUGCUCACUACCCAUGUGGGUGGACUGGGUUUGAAUCUGACUGGAGCAGAUACCGUGGUGUUUGUGGAGCACGACUGGAACCCCAUGAGAGACUUGCAGGCCAUGGAUCGAGCUCACAGAAUAGGACAGAAACGUGUGGUGAAUGUGUAUCGUCUCAUCACACGGGGAACACUGGAGGAGAAGAUCAUGGGUCUGCAGAAAUUUAAGAUGACCAUUGCAAAUACAGUCAUCAGCCAAGAUAACGCCAGUAUGCAGAGCAUGGGCACAGAACAGCUGCUCAACCUCUUCACACUGGACAAGGAUGAUAAAGCAGAGAAGAGCGAUGCAGCAGCGUCGUCGUCCUCUGGUAAAGCCAGUAUGAAGUCUGUUCUGGACGGGCUAGGUGACCUGUGGGACCAGCAGCAGUACGAGAACGAAUACAACCUGGACAGCUUCAUGCACUCGCUUAAAUGAGCCCAGCUCAACAUGCACAACAAAAGCAGAAAUGACUUGAAGCCGUCUGAUUGGACAACGGAGAGAUGUGCUAUCGGCACCGUAGCUAUCGGCCUUAAACACUCCAGUCUAACGCUCGUCACAGUCUUACAGCUCUUCUUGUAGGUUCUUACAAUUCGCUCAAGAUUUGAGAUCUAAAACCGUCAGUUAUUAAUGUGUCACUGGAGGAAGUCUUAAAGCUACUCUUACAAAGUUGAGUGUUGUACAGAUGGCAACAUUUGAACCUCAGGAUUUCCAGAACUCACCAUCAGUAUCCGUGAUGACAGUAUUUCAGAACUGAAUGAAGAGAGCUGAUGAGACGAGAACUGGAACGCACUGAAACGCUUCUGCGAUCACGUAGAGUGACUGUAAUGGUUCAUCCAGACCACUAGGAGGCGCUUGACUAACUCCUGUAGGAUUAUGAAGGGCUUGUAGCUGCUGCUCCAUCAGAAACGUCUUACAUGCACUGACUGAGAUCUUUAGGUACAGCUGGAAGAGCAGCGGGACAAUGGCCUCGGAAAUGUUGUAGAGUUUUAAAAGGAAAAGAUAGAACUAAAUAUUUCUGUUAUUUGCCUUUUUGGGUAAGCUGGUAGAAUUUUAAUAAAUUCUAAUGAGCGCUCUUUAAAAUGUCUUGCCUGUGUCUGUCUGCAUUUAGGAAGAAUGUGUGAAUGAGCAGCUGAACCAGACAAAAUGAUGCAUUUAAGUGGGCGAAAGGACACAUUAUGGCAAAAAAAAAAACAGCAAAUAAAA